CAAGCAUUCUUUUUUUACUUAAUUGUUUUUUUUUCAAACAGAACUAGGCGACACAUUUUUUGUCGUUUUUCAGUUGGACUACAUACAAAAUGAACUGCAUUUUUAAAAAUUUCAAGGGAUCAUGCAUCUUGAUGACUUUUAUACAUACAUACUUUUAAAUAACUUGGAAGAAAAUUUUAAAAAUCUAACUUUCAAGGCAGCUAGCACAACUAUUACUUUGGAUGGCAGCAAUCCAUCUCAGGACUCGCCAAAAGUUGAUUGGACUCGCCCCCCCCCCAUCCACUUCGAGGCUGACUCCUAGACAGAGCGACCACACCUGCUACCACCACAGAAGUGGGCUUCCAUGUGCUGGAACCCCUACAGCUACAGAAGAAACUAAAGGCCUCUGGCUGUGACUGUUACCGCUUUUUGGAGCAGGGGAGAGGGUCCAGAAGGAGGGGUGAAGGAGCUAGAAGAAGCGUCCUGAGUUGCCAUGGAAGCGAGGCCCAGCUCAGCUCGCAGCUCAAGAACAGAGUACCGCGAGGUUUGCACUCCAGGAUUACUGGUGUUUGCUGGCAGCUCGGAACAAGAUAGCAACCUGGCUAAGCAGUUCUGGCUCAGGAUGGCCAUGUCUCCCACUAACGAGUCCCAGUUGACACUGACGAGGGGGAGUACUCAGCGUUUGCCUGUUGCAGGCUCUAAGAGCACUGUCUUAGCAACUACUGAUGUCACUUCUGAAACCCUAAAGAUUCAGGAAGCUGAGGAGAAAGCAAAAUAUCUCCAAAAGGCUAAAAAGAGAGAUGAGAUUCUCCAACUCUUAAGAAAACAAAGAGAAGAAAGGAUCUCGAAAGAAUUGAUUUCUCGUCCUUAUAAACUGAAGGAUAAAGCACACAACAAAAAGAAAGUGUUAUCAGAGUCAGAUAAAAGGGACCAAGAAGAAGUCAAAGCCUUGGAUUGAUUGGACUGACUCACAGUAGAAGAUGCCUUACAUCAGGAUCGAAGUUAAAACGAAGAAAUUAAAGAUUUGCAGGUUCAUGGAAUUUCACCAAUUUGUAAGCACAUGUUUUAAAAUAGAGUAAGAAAUAAAAGUUAAA